AUGUUGCUCAGCUGGUUCUAUAUACUCGGAGUUUCCGUCAUAGUUGUCAACUCCGUCCCAGACCCAGAGUUUAAACCUUCCCGAGACAGAUUAGAUAUUCUUAAAUUCAGGAAGUAUAGAUCAGAGAAAAAGGAAACCCUGGAAAUGAAGAAUAUGGAAUCUGAGAAAGACGAAGAAGAAGAAAGGAUGGAAAAGUCUAGAAAGAUAGUAAAAGUGCGGCGGAAGGCGAGAUUUCCUCGGAAAUCCUACGGCGGAGAUUAUUCACCGCCUCCAAGAAAAACUUCGUCUCUGGGUUCAGAGCCAAGUUCUAUGUCUUCAGAUUACAUGAUUCACGGUGGGUAUACAACUCCUAGUCCUUCAUAUAGUUCUCCUCCUUCUUAUACUCCUUCCUAUACUCCAGCAUAUACUCCUGCACCCUCAUACACUACUCCUUCCCCUGUUUACACCUCUCCUUCUCCUCCCGUGUAUAGUUCUCCUAAACCCUCCUACAACUCGUAUUCUCCUCCUAAACCUCAAUAUUCUCCUCCGAAACCCUCUUACUCUCCUCCAAAACCCUCUUAUUCUCCUCCGAAACCUUCUUAUUCUCCUCCGAAACCUUAUUAUUCUCCUCCGAAACCUCAAUAUCCUCCUCCUCCUACUUACAAUGCACCUUCUCCCUCCUACCAACCUCAGCCUCCAUCCUAUCCUCCUCCUCCACAUCCUAUUAAGGGCGGAGAGUAUGAAGGACGGAGUGAAUAUGAAUAUCAUUAUGAUGUCUCCGAUCAAGCGCAGAAGUAUGGACCGGUCUUUAGUGCUUGGGAGAAAAAGGACGGAUAUGCAACAAAGGGUGAGUACAGAGUAAACCUGCCGGACGGACGAAUCCAGGUGGUUUCCUACCUAGCUGAUGAUCAUACUGGAUAUAAAGCUGAUGUUAAAUAUGAAGGAGAGGUUUAUAAAUACUCAAAACCUGGCUAUUCUUCUCCCAACCCUAGCUAUCCUCAUCCUAAACCAAGCUAUGCAUCUCCCAACCCUAGCUAUCCACCUCCUAAACCAAGCUAUGCAUCCCCCAAGCCUAACUAUCAAUCUCCCCCUCCCAGCUAUCCUACUCCGACUCCUAAUUAUCAUUGGCCUCAUCCAAGCUAUCCUACUCCACCGCCUAGCUACCCAUCUCCACCAAGCUAUUACCAGCCAAACUAUCAACUUUCUCCAAGCUAUUCUCCAGCUAGCUAUCCUACUCCUCAACCAAGCUAUCAGAGCUAUCCUAGUUAUGGUUAGAUUAAGGGGUUCAUUAAAAAUUCUUAAUCUGGAAAAUAUAUAUUUAUUUAUUGUUAUUAAUUGUUACAAAUAAAUGCAAUUAUUCUUAAUAGAACAGAAAUGA